AUGGGUGCGAGAUUUGACGAGGAUGAUCAGAUACGCUCCUUGGAGAAUAGCUAUAUGGAUGAGUCGAAGCGCCUGCUGCUUGCCGACCUCGAGAGAAUUUGCGUUGAGAAUGUUCAAACAUGCAUAUUGCUUGCCAAUCUCUACGCUGCCCACCUAAAUCCAUCAUCAGAGGCCUUGUUCUUUCGCAUUGCGGUCAACUUACUACAAAUCAUGGAUGCCGGCACGUGUCCAGUGGCGACGACACUGGUAGACCGCGAGGUCAGAAGGAGAGCAUGGUGGACCCUAUACAUGGCUGACCGUUGGUCAUCUUCGAGCCUCGGAUUACCCCCUCAGAUCCAUGACACCGAUCUGGCUGUUGACCUCCCCAUGGACGAAAGCAUGUUCGAGUCGUUGACUCCAGACGAGACCAAGCUCAACAGCCCUUGGCAACCGGGCAUAUGGGCUCACAAGAUCUCCCUGGCCCGACUAUUUGGUCCAAUUCAGGAUUUAAAUCACCGCAGCGUCUACGGAAAUGUCACUGCCGAUGAGCUUGAGUCAAGCGUGGCGUCCUUAUCAAGAUUGUUGGAAGACUGGGAGUCGACGAUACCCCACGACGUCAAAAUGAAUGCAGAGAAUCUCGAACGUCACAUUCAAGCAGGUCACGGCGGCGCAUUUGUCGCCCUCCACCUCGGUUAUCACCACUACGCCACUUUACUCUACUUUCGCUUCCUCGAGCCCGCAGCGUCAUCCUCACCCUUUGCUGCACUGUACCGUACCAAGUGCAAGUUUCAUGCCUCUUCUUAUAGCGAGCUCGUCAAGCUUGCUCGUCACAAAAAAAAUUGCGAAGUCAUCUAUCCGACUGUCGGCCACAUGGCUGUCGUGUCAUCCUCGGUACUGCUACAUACGCUACUGUUUAGCGAGGACGAAAACCUUCAAGACGCUCGCGAUGCCCUCAAUGCGAACUUCGAGGCGAUUCUCGAACUGAGACGGUAUUGGCCUAAUACGGGACCCAUGAUUCAUCGACUCGUCACAUUCCAAAACUUUUGUCUACUCUCCAAUGACUACAGAACACACAAGCUUGACGGCUGGAUGCUGCGUUUUCUAAUCGAGUAUUCGCUGCCCCUUGGGGAGAAAGAUGUGGCGCCAGUGACAUCAGGCAUGGAUCUUGACACGGAUAGUUUCGCGGCUCGUACCCAAGCCGUGACUGAGCAGGGUAGAUACACUACCUUUGAGAGUGAAGAUGGUCUAUAUCAAGCAGUCUGA